GCUGGUUUAUUCUGCGGCCGAGGAUUACAUUUAUGCACGAACGGUCUUACUGGCUCCAGAUUCCCCACUUGGGCACAGGCUAGGAGGCUUGUUUUCCAAAUUGCUGGUUUUAAUUGCACCUGCCUUUCAGAUUACCUCUGGGAAUCUGUGGGAGGAGCCGAGAGGGUGGAAAAUGUUUCUUCGCUUUGCAAAAGGAAGAAAACUUUGUCACCCAGCGGGAGACCUCAGCCACGAGUAACCCGGGGAGACACCAGAACCGGGACGGGCUUUGACUGAUUUGCCUGCGAGGGUUCCGUAGGAAAGGACGCUUGAACUCGGCGCUUCGGCGGCGGCGGCGCGAGUUCCCUGCUCACCCUCCCUCUCCGCGGAAGUCCCCACGAGGUGGCUUCAGGGUGUAACAGAGCGCGCGGCUCCAGUCCGAAGGCAGCGGCCGGGUGAGGGAAGGAGGGGACCGAACCCCCGAGGAGUUUCCCAGAAUCAACUUCUGGUUAGAGUUAUGGGAAGCGCGGUUAUGGACACCAAGAAGAAAAAAGAUGUUUCCAGCCCCGGCGGGAGCGGCGGCAAGAAAAAUGCCAGCCAGAAGAGGCGUUCGCUGCGCGUGCACAUUCCGGACCUGAGCUCCUUCGCCAUGCCGCUCCUGGACGGAGACCUGGAGGGUUCCGGAAAGCAUUCCUCUCGAAAGGUGGACAGCCCCUUCGGCCCAGGCAGCCCCUCCAAAGGGUUCUUCUCCAGAGGCCCCCAGCCCCGGCCCUCCAGCCCCAUGUCUGCACCUGUGAGGCCCAAGACCAGCCCCGGCUCUCCCAAAACCGUGUUCCCGUUCUCCUACCAGGAGUCCCCACCGCGCUCCCCUCGACGCAUGAGCUUCAGUGGGAUCUUCCGCUCCUCCUCCAAAGAGUCUUCCCCCAACUCCAACCCUGCUACCUCACCCGGGGGCAUCAGGUUUUUCUCCCGCUCCAGAAAAACCUCCGGCCUCUCCUCCUCUCCGUCAACACCCACCCAAGUGACCAAGCAGCACACGUUUCCCCUGGAAUCCUAUAAGCACGAGCCUGAACGGUUAGAGAAUCGCAUCUAUGCCUCGUCUUCCCCUCCGGACACAGGGCAGAGGUUCUGCCCGUCUUCCUUCCAGAGCCCAACCAGGCCUCCACUGGCAUCACCGACACACUAUGCUCCCUCCAAAGCCGCGGCGCUGGCGGCGGCCCUGGGACCCGCGGAAGCCGGCAUGCUGGAGAAGCUGGAGUUCGAGGACGAAGCAGUAGAAGACUCAGAACGUGGUGUUUACAUGCGAUUCAUGAGGUCACACAGGUGUUACGACAUCGUUCCAACCAGUUCAAAGCUUGUUGUCUUUGAUACUACAUUACAAGUUAAAAAGGCCUUCUUUGCUUUGGUAGCCAACGGUGUCCGAGCAGCGCCACUGUGGGAGAGUAAAAAACAAAGUUUUGUAGGAAUGCUAACAAUUACAGAUUUCAUAAAUAUACUACAUAGAUACUAUAAAUCACCUAUGGUACAGAUUUAUGAAUUAGAGGAACAUAAAAUUGAAACAUGGAGAGAGCUUUAUUUACAAGAAACAUUUAAGCCUUUAGUGAAUAUAUCUCCAGAUGCAAGCCUCUUCGAUGCUGUAUACUCCUUGAUCAAAAAUAAAAUCCACAGAUUGCCCGUUAUUGACCCUAUCAGUGGGAAUGCACUUUAUAUACUUACCCACAAAAGAAUCCUCAAGUUCCUCCAGCUUUUUAUGUCUGAUAUGCCAAAGCCUGCCUUCAUGAAGCAGAACCUGGAUGAGCUUGGAAUAGGAACGUACCACAACAUUGCCUUCAUACAUCCAGACACUCCCAUCAUCAAAGCCUUGAACAUAUUUGUGGAAAGACGAAUAUCAGCUCUGCCUGUUGUGGAUGAGUCAGGAAAAGUUGUAGAUAUUUAUUCCAAAUUUGAUGUAAUUAAUCUUGCUGCUGAGAAAACAUACAAUAACCUAGAUAUCACGGUGACCCAGGCCCUUCAGCACCGUUCACAGUAUUUUGAAGGUGUUGUGAAGUGCAAUAAGCUGGAAAUACUGGAGACCAUCGUGGACAGAAUAGUAAGAGCUGAGGUCCAUCGGCUGGUGGUGGUAAAUGAAGCAGAUAGUAUUGUGGGUAUUAUUUCCCUGUCGGACAUUCUGCAAGCCCUGAUCCUCACACCAGCAGGUAAAAUGCUGGUUUCUGACCUUUGCCAUCGGCGUCUAGGAAGGGUGGGAGGUAGAACAGGAAGUGCAGCAUUUAAACCAUCAUUUCUCCACCCACCUACAGAUCAAGGCUUUGAGUAUAUUACUUUGAAACCAUUUUCGUUUUCUCUUCAGUUGGGAAGUUUAAGUGUUCUGCGUGAGUGAGGAAAGUGUAUAGAACGUAUUCGAAGUUAAGAGCAUCCUAUCAAGGUCAGUGGCCCCCUAAAUGACUUGGGAGCCAUUGCCAUGUUCAUCAUAACCUUUUCCACUGAAAAGACCUCUUCAAUUGUGCUUUGUGAGAGAACUAGUGACCAGAAACAUAGAGGGAACGUCACUGGCUUCUAUUGAUGCCUUCGUCUUUCCUUAAAGAGAAAAAAAAACUUAUAUUUUGAGUAGAUAACACAGAAUACCUAAACACAAACUUUUAUUCAUUAAUAUUGUACAGAAAUCACAUUCACUUUCAAACAGAGUGUGGUUAAACUCAUUUUUUGACAGAUUCACUUUGAGCAAGCCCUCAGAGUCUCAGACAGUGAGGAGCAGAGAGAAAGGGAGAGGGCUUUAGACAAGAGGAGCUGGCCUUCCUCUCAUUUCACACACUCAGUAGUAAGAGGUGGGCUUCGGAGUUCUUAAAACUGCCAUCCCUCCCUUCCCUCCUCCUCUUCUUCCCAUCCCUCCACCUCCCCAGCCCCAGUCAAAUAUGAACAACCCAGCCUUUGUCAGGGCCACAUGGACCCGAUGUGGGAGCAAACAGCAUGCCCUUUGAACUCUCAGAAUCCAAUAUUAAACGGUGUGUGUGCUACAGUAUUGAUUUCUCUUUAGUUCAGAAAUUUCAGUUAAGACUAGUUUUUACAAUUAAGUCUGUAACCCAAAAAUACCUACCCUAAAGGAAUCUUCACCACCUGCAAGAAACAUGUCUUAUUCGCUAAAUGAGAACACCAAGAGAAAUUCCAGUACAGCAGUGAUCUUUCCGAGGUGGUCCUCAGGCCAGGCAUCAUCACCACCACCUGGAAUUUACUAGAAAAUGAAAUGUUCACGUUUGGGCCCCGUCCCAUAUCCACUGAAUCAGAAACUCUAGAAAUGGGGCCUGGUGCAGUCAGUCACUUGCAAACUUCAAGUGUUUAAAAGACCUGAAUCUCACAAUAGUCGCUAUAAUCAUGAAACAUUAAGAACUAAACGAAUGUUAAUGCCAUAAAACUGGAAAUAAUCCAAAUAUCUUUGAAAAGAAGAAUGGAUAAAUUGUGUCACAUUCAUUCGAUGGAAUACGAUACAGGAUUGAAAACGAACAGUACAGCUGCGUUCAACAGUGGAGGAAUCUCACAGGCAACAUUGAACAGAGGGAGCCAGGCUCACCCAGACCAUCAUUAAAUUCAUAUAAAUUUCCAAGCAGGCAUAACUGCACAGCACAUUUGUGCUAACUAGAAAAGGCCUCUUCUCUGGGCAGAUUUAUCCCCACAGGUAUAUAGCUUAGCACCUUCAGAAAAAGAUGCCCCGUUUCCAGCCCUGGACCACGGGACACAGUCUGCCCAGCGGGUCAGGCUGAAUGUCAGCUCUUGUCUGUCUCUUUGGGCAUUACAAAAAGAGUAAACAAGUCAAGUGAUUCAUCCUCUCUGUUUCUUGAUAUCUCAAACCAUAAGAAUGAACGGUUGUGCUGGAUGAGUUCAAAUUUCCAUCCAGAUUUGGUAUUUCAAAAAUUCUAAGUCGUUGCAAUGCCCCUCCCAUCACUGCUGGUGCAGGGAGGAAUCUAUUUCCAGCUGGAAUUUGGAAUGUAUGUUACCAUAGAAAUUGUGCCAUGAAGAUGGGGGUAGCUGGAUUGGAAUUCCUUAUGAUACAGUGUAUACAGCACGAUUCGUUGAGGAAAACAUUCCGUGUUACUAAUAACUGGAUUACAAGUGAACUUUUGGAGUGGAACUCAGGGAGCGCCUGCAUCUGAUCAACAGUCGCAAAUGAGGAGGCCCCCACCAUGAGGCCAAGUCCCAGCUGUCCCGCCCGAGCGCUGUCUGAAUGUAAGCAAGUCGCUUCACCUCCUUCAGCCCCAAUUUCUUCAGCGGAGAAGGAGCGGGCUGAUACAGGCCCGUCUCCCUCCUACGUUGCUAUGAAAAGAGCUGAAAGCCGUGCACAAAAGCCAUGUGUGUGCAAUGAGGCGCAGUGCCUGGGACCUGCACUGUUAGGUGGUUGUCCAUGGAAUAGUCAGUAAGAGGCAGUUUGAUGAAGCGUCUGCUGUUACUCGAUUAAAAGGUGGUAAAGGUGAUUCUUUUCAUCGGGCAAUGGCCACCGUUCCCCAGAGGGAUACUGGUUCAACACAAUAACAUUUUCUCUUUUUCAAAAAAGGUUUUGGCAACAGUUCAUUGUCAAACUUAGACUGUCCAAAUGAACCCAUGUGUGCGUGCAUCCAGUGCGUGGGCAGUCUGAUGCUAGGAGCUACAAUGUUUUAGCCACACACUCUGAUAGAUUGCCGAUCUCUUUCAGGGGUCUAGCGUCUGGUGAAAAAAUAGGAGAGAAACUCCUGUGAUGAGAAAAAUAGUAGCUCUCCCUGCCAAUCCACUGUGGAAUGUCCUAGCCAGAUACUUGUUAGGUGCAAUUAUCCUUCAGAAUAUUUAUAAAGUUUUUUUUUUUUUUUUUUUUUUUUGAGACGGAGUUUCACUCUUGUCAACCAGGCUGGAGUGCAAUGGCAUGAUCUCUCGGCUCACUGAAACCUCCGCCUCCCGGAUUCAGGCGAUUCUCCUGCCUCAGUCUCCCAAGUAGCUGGGAUUACAGGUGCCCGCCACUACGCCCAGCUAAUUUUUGUAUUUUUAGUAGAGACAGGGUUUCACCAUGUUGGCCAGGCUGGUCUUGAACUCCUGAUCUCAGGUGAUCUGCCCGCCUCCGCCUCCCAAAGUGUUGGAAUUACAGAUGUGAGCCACCGCGCCCGGCCUAAACCUUUUUUUAAUACAUAUUUGUAAGAGUGCACAACUGAAAUACUUCACACCUUCACUAAAACAUACCUACAUAUUUCUUAGUAAAAUUUUUUAGGAGUGGAAUUAUUUUUUUUUCCAAGUUAAAUCUGACAUAUUUAGAAUGACAAGAUGUUACGUGGAUCCAAGCUGCCCGAACGAUUGGGUGGGAGAUGGGAGCUUGGGCCACCUGCUCCUUCCCACGUCGCCCUCCUCCGAAGCCUCUGGAUUAUCCUCCUAAGGCACUGCCGACACAGGUAGAAACCCCUGGGGUAGAGAACCCUGCUGUUACCAUGAGCUUUGAAACUUUCAUCUUCCAUCCAC